AUGAAUUUGAGUCUUCGUGGUUCGCAGAUUAACCUAGCAACGCGUUCCGAACCACCGAGUAUUUGUGGCAGCAAUCGACAACAAAACCUCGCUGCGGGAGCAUCCAGUAAAUACCGUCCGAGGUCAGCGAAUGUCAUCGGGAGUCACAGCAGAAACAAGAAAAAUUCGCUUUUAAGACGACAAACCGAAGGAAAGAGACCGUUAUCGGCAGAUAGCAAAGUUGAAGACGCUUCUGCGAGUUUGAGUGGAUCAACAAUAGCAACAAAGAAAAAAUACACAACAUCAACAAAUCUCCUGAAUUUAUUGAGUUCUGAAGAUCAAUCAACCGAUCAAUGGGACUCGACGACCGACAUUGAGUGCAAAUCAAGUGGAAUAGAUAAAAAACUGAAAAACAUUAAAUCGAAAAUGAGUGUUGUUACCACAAAAGAUGAUAACAAAAGCAAAGUGAAAAAGGACAAUUAUGACAAUCACUCGUUGAUAAAAAGUUGCAAUGAAAAACACAACGAAAGUGAAACAUCUUCCGAAUCGCCAUCAUCUUCAUCACUAACCAACAAUCGAUAUGCGAAAAAAUCACAAAACACAAAAAGUGACGAAACAAAAAUUGUUACGACAAACAAAGGAAUUUUAAAGUCUGAAAUAAAAUCCGACGACAAGGACCAAUCGUCGUAUCAAUCGUGGGUAAUGAAAAAUAUUAAAACCCCCAACAACAAAAGCAUGGAUUUGCCGGGUCGCGUCUCGUUCAGCACGAAUGACGUUUACGAGAUUGUCGAUUACAGCGACGGCGAUUACGAGGACACGGAUAAAAGUUUAUCGGAUUCGCCGAAAAUGACGGCGCCCCCAAGACCGUCAACAGCGACGUCACAAGCGCUGAAUAAUUUGCAGCAUCGGGAUUUGUAUUCGAGUGUUGCUUCAACAGUAACGGCUAGGGUGACGGAAAAUUAUUUGCAUGGGAUGGGCGUUGAAGAAAUAGACACGGAUGAGACACUAACGGAUGAAAUUGAUGCAAAAUGUUGUAAUUCGUCGCGUUGCAGCUUGACAUACGACUCAAAUUUAGCAAAAGCUCGGAUGGAGUCGAAAGCACGCGAAGAAGCCAAUAAAAUUGUCGAAGAAUAUAAAAAGGAGUUGCAUGAACUACGAACGAUUCAUCUGCAAAAUCCGUAUUCCGCGACAAAAUCACGUGCCAGCGACGACUUUGGGGACUACUUUUCCGAUUCGCCAUACAAAACGGACAUUUAUGCGACGCGCAAAGACUCCCCGAGCUCCAUUUCGAGCGUUUCGAAGACAUCGUCGUCCAUGAAUAACGAAAUCACGAAGCGGCCCGUGUUCGACGACAUGAAACUCGAUGCGAAAAUGGACGAUCUCACGUCAAACGACUCGCCAAUCCCGAAAGACGAUGCGAAUAAAGUGCUUGCUGUGCGUCUAAAUAACGUCUGGGAGAAGGAAAAUACGAUAAAAACGAACACUGCCUUCAGUAUUAAGCAUUCCAACAGUAACGCCGCCGAUUCUGCGGGGACCACGAACAACGUUACGUUCAAAAAUUACCUCAAAAAUAAAAAUUCCGCCGAAGAUAAUCGACUUUUGCCGCCGAAACAGAUGAAAAAACUGAAUGAUCUGCAAACCGGGACAACGACGAGCAGCAACAAAAAGAAGCAAAAAGACACAAAACCGCCGAAAAUGACGAGUAAUCGAAUUAAAUCCGCCCCCAUUUCGACGUCGUCGAAGAUGCGAAAGACGAAAUCUGUGCCUGCCUUGCGGGAAGAUCGGGGCAUCGACGAAUUCGAAAUCGACAAAGUGGUGAGUUGGAUGUCGAUUCAUGAUAGCGACGCCUUUUCCGAUACCGCAAGUUUGCUCGGAGGCACGAACAACACGAGCGACACAAAAUCCCUGAAUUUACGAACGAACGCGUGGCAAAAAGCGACGGGACGAUCGGAGGAUGAGGGAAAUUACAGCACCGAAGACGGAUUAGAUACGGACUCGCCCUACGAGGAAAUUGUCUCGGUUAUCAAGGAAAUCGAAGAUGAGAAAGGAAAUAAAGGUGAAUUCCAAUCACUGAAAACAGAUGUCGAAUUUAAAUUGAAUACAAUUUUGAACACAAUCGAGUCACCAGAUAGUGCCAUGAUCAGUGAUGAUGAUAAAAUGACAACCACGUCGAAGGAAAGUAGUAAAGUGAGCGAAAUAUUGCAUUACUUGGAUGAGGUAGAUACGAAAUGUGAAAAGACGUUGCAGAAUAUUCGGAAGACGUCAAAUGGGCGUAUAACGGGCGAUGAUGCCACGUCGGAGAUGGAAUUUAUUUUUGAGCCUGACUCAACAGAUGAUAUUCCAAAAGUUUCCGAGCUACUUAUGCUAACAAAUCAUCAAUUAUGCAGGAAAAUAGUUAACCUCUCGUUGCGAGUAAAUGAAUUAAAUAAUGCAAUACAACUGAGCAAGGAGCACGUGUCGAAUGUUCGUGCGGAAAAGAUGAAAACGGUCCGUCUCGAGAAGCAGAACACACAAAAGCGCCUGAACGAGCAAAAGAAGCAUUAUGAAGACAUUGUGCAGCGUCAUCAAACAUUUAUCGAGCAGCUGCUGAAAGACAAGGCGAACCUUUGUGAGAAAGUGAAUGCGGCUACACGUCGCUUGGAUAGCCAGAAUCAGGCGUGGGAACACAAACUAAAGACCGAAAUCGAACGUGCAAAGGAAACGGUAAUGGCUGGCGAAAAGUUACGUCGAGAACGAUGGGUACGUGACAAUACGAAGAAGAUAAAGGAAUUAACAGUGAAGGGAUUGGAGAUGGAAAUCAACAAAAUGCAAACGCAGCACCAAAAGGAAAUCGCUGAUCUCAAGAAAACGCAUCAAAAGGAGCUCAUUGACUCGGCCGACGAACUGAAACAACGUUUUGACGAAGAAGAGCGGAAAAUACGAGAGUCCUAUGCCAAAGACAGAGAAGCUGCUAUUGAACGAGAACGUCUCGCCAUCGUCGAACGGUUCGAAAAGCAACUCGAGGACGAGCGAAAAUUAUUCGAGCAACAAAAAAUCCGUUUGAUCAAAGAAUUCGAAGAGGAGAAGCAAAAAAUUGGGCAAGACAUCGAAACGCAAAAGUCCAAUUAUGACGCGAGUCGUGAAAAAUUGAAGAACGAAAGCAUGGAUUUGCUCCAGCACGUCAAAGCCGAGUUCAAGGAAAAGCUCAAGCAGAAAGAAUUGAAACAUCAGAACGAUAUGAAAAAACUCGAGGAGCAAUUUGAAACAGACUUUUCUGUGUGGAAACGCGAGUACGAGACAAGCAUGAAAUUGCGUGAAUGCGAACGGGAGAAUUAUAUCAGGCAACAAAGUAGAGCCGAGCGAGACAGACAAAUUGAAUCUAUUAUCGCGAAAGUUGAUGGCGAGGCAUUAAAAAAUCAGCAGGAGUUUGAAAUUAAAAUGAAUCGCGUCAAGGAAAAGUACGAACGGGAAAUUGCAGAAUUGGAAAAACAGGAAAGCGAAACGAAGGAAAAGUACAUCGAGAGUAAGGGACGUCUGGCGGAGUGUGAAGCGAAUAUCACCAAUUUGCAGGCGACCGUGAAGCAGUUAGACACACAAUUAACUCAUUUCAAAAAGAUGUGCGACGAUUUCAUGAAGGAAAAGGAAAAUGUUCGACUCGAAGCCAGGAAGGAAAUAGAAAAAGAGCUGAAAACACUGCGCGAAGGACGAGAUGCCGAAAUUCAACGGAUAUACUCGAGAGUUCAAAAGGCAAUCGAGAAGAAAGAUGCAACGCUGGAGGCUCUACAGAAAGACAAUACAAGACUAAAAGAACAAUGUUUGAAAUUGGAUGCCAUUGUGAAGCAACAAAGAAAAGAUUAUGUGAAAAAAUGAUAUUACUUGAGUGACAUAUGGGACAUCUAAAUACGGUUUUUGAUACGUCACGGCAACCAAAACGACUUUUCUCUUAUUCCAAGUCCUCAACAACGAAGAAAAACUAAAUAAAU